GAACGCUUGGACUGUCUUCUAGCCUUUUUGGAUUAACCUUACCUUUGAAGGACACUUUGUGGAUUUUUCUGGCUCUUUGGCUUUAUCCUCUGAGAUCUACUACACCACUAUGACUCUUGAAGAAGUGCACGGACAGGAAGCAGUUGUGGAAAGCGCUGAAAGGAUGCAAAGCGCUGGUAAAGCCCUACAUGAGCUGCUCAUCUCCGCCCAGAGACAGGAGUGUCUGACCGUCGGAGUCUACGAGUCUGCCAAAGUCAUGAAUGUAGAUCCAGAUAAUGUGACUUUCUGCAUUCUGGCUGCUGAUGAGAUCGACGAAGGGGAUAUUGCCCUGCAGAUCCACUUCACGCUGAUCCAAGCCUUCUGCUGUGAAAAUGACAUCAAUAUUGUAAGACUGAAUGACACCGAGAAGCUGGCCGAGAUCCUGGGCAGCACAGAGGAGUCUGGAGAACCCAAAGAUCUGCACUGCAUCCUUAUUACGAACCCCAGUGAGGAUGCUUGGAAAGACCCGGCUCUGGAGAAACUUGGUCUAUUCUGUGAAGAAAGCCGUAAUGUGAAUGACUGGGUGCCCUCUAUUACCCUGCCCGAGUGAAGAAACCACUAGUGCAUUACAUGGUGUAAACCUUUUUGCAUUCUUAUCACGGUGCUGUGCGCCUGGUUGGGCCAGCUGCGUUCCCGAGUCUGUGGAUUACGCUGGUUGAGGUCGGAAUACGUCACCAAGACUAGCAAGAUGUUGGCUCUUGUGGAGCAAAAGAGUAAGGAGGAAGAUUUGACAUGAACUGAUCUACAGAAGGGACGGUUCAGACCAGUGCAAAGCCUCCUAAACGCACUGAAGGACGGGGCAGUCAUACUGUGGAGCUGGAGUAACCUGCAUGUUUGCAAGCCUGGAAGGACUUUUGCAAAGUGGAGAUGCUUUUUGGAUUAGAUCGUGCAAGAAAGCUUAUGGUAGAUGGAGAACAUCUUGAGAUGCUGAGAUCUUAUGGAAUUACAUUUGAGCAUUCUAUGAACUUUUGGACUGACAAGUUAAAAACAAAGAAACUGAACUUAAUAUUUCCUGCAUUAAUUUCUCUUGGUACUGUCUCUGCAAGUGAGAUGGUCUCCUGCAAUAACUAUGAACUUGAUAUACAAAGACUUUUAUCUGUGCCAGGUUCUCUUGGCACUUCUAUCAUGUACCUAUUUGCUACUUUUACCUGCAUUGUCACUGACUUAUUAAGACUUUGUCAUUGUGCUUCAAUAAAUAAUUUGAAUUGAA